UUUUAUCCUAAUGUGUUUCAUAUGCAACCUUGGCUUAGACCAAUUUGUACAUCUCUUCUUUCAAUAUUUUGAUCUAUAUGCUGUUUUAUACAAUCGGAAUGAUAUCAUAUGAUUUUAGAGGGUUUGGUUUCUGGACCUGAAACUCGGUACUAGAUAGAUAGCUAACCUCAUAGAUAUGAAUAUGCUUUUUGUCUGAUUUGGAUCAUUGCUAAUACAAAGAAUAUUUCAAACUUUAUAAUAGAUCAGUUUGCUCACACAAGUUAAGAUUAUUUCCCUUUGUAAUCCCCUGUUUUCAACACUUGAUAGGAUUUCAUAGAAUUUUCCUCUGGAAUGAAGUGAUUUGCAAAUCAUGCCGAGCUUGUGGAGAGCAGAGAGAAAAGCCAUGGGUUCUGCUAAUGGACUCGAAAUUGAGAAAGGGAAACAACCUCUCUUUUCGUUUGGAUUGAUAUCUGAUGUCCAAUACAGUGACAUUCCUGAUGGUCGUUCAUUCCUCGGUGUUCCGCGGUACUAUAGGCAUAGCGUUUAUGUGUUACAGAGAGCAGUCCAAAAAUGGAACACUCAUCAUCAUAGGCAUAGAUUUGUCAUAAACUUUGGAGAUAUUGUUGAUGGCUUUUGCCCAAAAGAUCAAUCUCUUAACACUGUCAAGAAAAUUGUGGAUGAAUUUGAGGCUUUCAAGGGACCACUGUAUCAUUUGAUUGGCAAUCACUGUCUGUACAAUCUGCCUCGCAGAGAGUUACUUCCACUAUUGAAGAUCAAGAGUCUUAAAGGCCAUGCUUACUAUGAUUUUUCACCAGUGCCUCAAUACAGAUUUGUAGUUCUCGAUGGAUAUGACAUAAGUGCAAUUGGUUGGCCUCAGGAUCAUCCAAGAACAUUGGUUGCUACGAAAUUCCUCCAGGAGAAGAAUCCAAAUGAAGAUAAGAACUGUCCAGCAGGUUUGGUGGGACUUGAAAGAAGGUUUCUCAAGUUCAAUGGAGCUGUUGGAAAGGAACAAAUGGAAUGGUUGAAUGGUGUUCUUCAAGAAGCAACAAAAUUGAAACAGAAAGUUGUGGUGUGUUGCCACUUGCCUCUGGAUCCUGGUGCAUCAUCAAAGGAGGCAUUGUUGUGGAAUUAUGAUGAGGUGAUGAGUUUGAUACAUAGAUACAAUUGUGUGAAGGUGUGUUUUUCUGGACAUGAUCACAAAGGUGGAUACUCCAUUGAUUCACAUGGUGUACACCAUAGAGUUCUUGAAGCUGCUUUGGAAUGUCCUCCUGGUACUGAUGCAUUUGGUUAUGUUGAUGUUUAUGAUGACAGAAUGUCACUUUAUGGCACAGACAGAAUGCGGAGUACAGACAUGUAUUUUAAUCCUAAAGUCGAAUUGUCAUGACUAGGAUAUGUUGAUGUUUUUCACACUUAUUGGUUUAUUGAUACUAGAGAAUUCAUUGAUCUUUUAAGACAUGAAUUCGGUUUUGCGAGUUAAGCAAAAUGCCAUAUAAAAGUUUUGAGAUACAAGUUUAUUCAAACUUUUAUGCUACCUACAGUGAAUUGCCUUUUAAUAGAAGAUGGAAUACUUAAUUAAGUUGAGCAACUUGCAAUUCCAUGAAUCAGCCACUUUCUGAUUGACUUUUCCUCUUGCUUCAGGGAAAGACAUAUAUGCAACAUGCAUUUACAUCACAUGAAGUUUCCUCUGAAAUGGAUUUGCUUGUGAAAUUUGAUUGCUUUGUAAAAUUGCCAGGAUGCUUUUCUAAAGAUAUCUGUUAUUAAAAAAGUUGCUGUGAA